CCCAUGGAUACUGAGUUUCUAUCAGUCACAGGACAAUGUUCCUUCCCCUUCAAUUUUCUAUAUAAAGGGGUCUGUCACGGAAACCCCUGUAGCUCCUCCUAGCACUAGCACAGACAUGAAGGGAUUGAAGCUAAUGCACAGAGAGAGGAGAGCGCUCUGCAGCAUGAACCAUGCAUCCAGGCUUCAGUGGCAUGCUCUGCUCAUCAUCCUGGCAGCUCUCAGGGGACAGUGCAGGUACAUACAGGUGAGAGAUGCAACAGAAGACGCCCUUGUUCUUUUGAACACAGACAUAAAAAGAGAAUUAUCUCAAGAACAGCUAUAUAGGAGGCCACUCAGAUGCAUUGACAUGCUAAGUAUUGACGGACAGUUCACGUUUAAAGCAGAACAACCUCAGCUACACUGCGCUCUAUUCCUCAUUGGAGACCCAGAGGAGUUCAUCACUAUUGAAUAUAAUUUUGUAAAUAUAGACUGCCUUGGAGGAGACAUUCUAAAGGUUUUUGACGGCUGGAUAAUUAAAGGAGAAAAGUUCCCGAGUUCUUUGGAUCAUCCUCUGUCCACUAGUGAACGUUACACAGAUAUCUGUGAAGAUGGCAACAUGCAAAGCAUCACGAGGUCAUCUCAAAAUGUGGCAAUGAUUUUCUUCCGAGUUCACAAGCCAGGCUACGGCUUCACCCUGACAAUACGUAAGACUCCGAAGAUGUUCCCAUGUAAUGUGAUAUCACAGUCACCCAGUGGGAAGUUCACCAUGAUCAUCCCCCAUCAACACAGAAACUGCAGCUUUUCUAUCAUAUAUCCAGUUGUUAUAAAAAUAUCGGACCUAACACUGGGCCACUUCAAUGAGCUACAGAUAAAGAAGCCACCACCAAAAGGCUGCGGCGGAGCGGGAGACUUUGUGGAACUCUUGGGAGGUGCUGGUCUAGAUCCAUCCAAUAUGUUUCCUUUGGCAGAUCUCUGUCACUCAUUCCAUGGCUCCGCCCAAAUGAAGAUUGGCUGCGACAACAGUGUUGUACGAAUGGUUUCUAGUGGCAAAUUUAUCAAUCGGGUGACAUUUGAGUACAGCCUGCUAGACAGACAACUGGAACGGCAACAAGGCAACAGUGUGGAAGAGGUCUGCUCACCACUUGAUUGAUCGGGUGAUUUUUUUUUUCUAAUAACAAAAUGUUAUUUACAAAUAAAUGAGUUACUCAUAAUCUAUUCAUUUGUAACUAUCUAUUGUCCCUUCUGUUGUUCCAUGAGCAAUGUAUAAAAUAUGUAUAAUUUUCUAUGUUAUUUUUUUAUAACAUUGGCUCUUUAUAUUUUAGAGCAAGGUGACAAUUAAAAAAAUUAACUGCACUUAUUUGCCAGGGGUGUAAAUCUCUUAUGUGAAAUAUAGUUCUGGUAGUAUGCCAAAGCAAAAUUAUGGGUGAGAUUAAUUGUAUAGCACUGCAUAGUAUGCUUGAACUAUAUAAAUACAAUUAUUAUUAUUAUUAUUAUUAAUAAUAAUAAUGUGGGGAAAUUUAUCAUUCUAAAAAUUUGAAGUAGGGGAGUAGCCUGCGGCAGCCAAUCUGUUUCUAGCUAUCAUUUAUAUAGUACACUCUAGAAAAUAAUAACUACAAUCUGAUUGGUUGCAAUGGGCAACAACUCAACUUUUCCUUUUUAGAUGGUUUUAUGAAUUUCUUAUUAUUAAUAAUAAUAAUGAUGAUGAUGAUGAUGAUGAUGAUGAUAAUAAUAAGUACAUUUAUAUAGUUUCAGUAUACUAUGUGGCGCCUUAUAAUUGGACAUCAGUUUGCGUUCCAGCCCUACACAUUUAUGGUGGUCAGUAUAGUAUAAAGUCCAUGGAAAUUAUACAAUCAAUCAUAAGUACUAUAUAAGUGCAGAGUUUAGCAGAGGUCGUAUCAUAACUUUAUAAGUUAGUUGUGCACCACGGCAGCUAUGUACUGUAUAUAAUGUAGUUAUGUAUACUCCUAUAUUUCAUACACUGAUGUCAUGUUUGCAUACUUGCAUUGUACAGAAUACUUCCACACAACAGAGAUUAGCUACCCACAAUGGUAUUCAAAAUAAAAAUGUGAAAUAACAAAAUAUGAGUUCUUACUACAUAUAGUAAAAAUGUAUUCUGUAGAACAGGGAGGAGUACAGAAAUAAUGUUGAAUACAAUACAAAAUUAUUUCAGAAAAAAAGGCAAAUAUGACCUCUAACCGCUAUUUUUAUUGCUGCAUAAUUCAAAAUUUCGCUUUGAAAAAGUCUGUACUUUAUAGUAAUUUAAAAAUAUAAUUUGAAACCUAUUUCAUCCUCUUUUGUAUUUAAAGUAGGAUAUUUGAUUGUCAUUUUCAUUUUGCAAAAUCAAUCAGAAUCUGUAUUUAAAUUGUCAUAUGAAAUGUGCAAUAGACUGAAACAUCCUUAAUAUAUGGAUGAAGGUUAAUCAAAAUGCUUAUAAAUAUUGUCCCAAUCCUAAAUAUAGCAAUGCCUUUUAUCAUUUCUUUCAUUCACCCUUCACAAUUGCAGAGACGUUUGACUUAGCCCUGAAAUAUCCACUUAGUAAAUCAACACUGUGAUCAGGGUCUCUCUUUUAGUUGGGUUCAGAUCCAGGCGGAUAUAACCUAGGGGAUGCAGGGCUGCAGCCCCCUCCUCCCAAGUAAAAUCCAUCAUCCUCAAUGAGUCAGUGAGGCUGUUGCUGAAGCUGUCCCUAGAAAUCAGUGUUUCUGCGCAUGUGCCAGUUAUGGAGCCUGCUGGAGCAGUCACCGGGGCUGUGGACUGCCGCACAGCUGUCCAUGCCCCCUUCCCCCCCCGAUCCGAGAUGUUCAUAUCCAUUAUACAUUUCUUCUCCUUUCUAAACCACUUUGCUUCUCAUUCUAAAAUACAGGUUGAGUAUACCUUAUCCAAAAUGCUUGGGACCAGAGGAAUUUUGGAUAUCGGAUUUUUCCGUAUUUCGGAAUAAUUGCAUACCAUAAUGAGAUAUCAUGGUGAUGGGACCUAAAUCUAAGCACAGAAUGCAUUUAUGUUUCAUAUACACCUUAUACACACAGCCUGAAGGUCAUUUUAGCUAAUAUUUUUAAUAACUUUAUGCAUUAAACAAAAUGUAUGUACAGUCACCAAAUUCAUUUAUGUUUUAUAUACACCUUAUUCUCACAGCCUGAAGGUCAUUUAAUAGAAUAUUUUUAAUAACUUUGUGUAUUAAACAAAGUUUGUGUACAUUAACCAUCAGAAAACAAAGGUUUCACUAUCUCACUCUCACUCAAAAAAGUCCGUAUUUCGGAAUAUUCCGUAUUUCGGAAUAUUUGGAUAAGGGAUACUCAACCUGUAUACAGUAUACGACAGCAUUAGUAUGCAAUAUAGUAUCCAAUAUAAAGAAAGGCACAAGGAGAAUGUCAAUUUAUAAGGUGAGUGGAUAGUAGCCCAAAAAGAAAGGAAGCUUAAAUCAUUACAUAGUUAAUGUUUUCCCAAACUUGGUCUUCAAGGCUCCCUAACAGUCCAGGUUUUAAGGAUAUCCAUUCAUAUGCAGAGAUUUUAUAAUUAAACAUGGGACAGAAUGUAACAUGUAUCGCAUAUUGCAUGCAUUACAUACCAUCACCUAUCGCUGGCAUAGCAGCAUUUUGUUAACGCCACAUACGUGAAUAAAAGCACAAAGGACAGCUCUUCUGAUAAGAACUGUACUUUGCAUUAUGGGGACUUUUGCGAUAUCCGCUGUGGAAAACUAUAAUACAUAUAGGGAAUGCAUCAACCCUCUGGAAACUGCACUUUUCAGAAGUUUGACCGCAUUUUUGAGGUUAGUACAUCCCACCCUCUGUGAGGUACUAAUUAAGUAAUCUGUGCUUAAGCAUGUAUAUCCUUAAUCCUUAAAAUUUGGAGUGUUAGGGUGUCUUAAGGACCAAGUUUGGAAUUCACUGUAUUAAUUAAUGGGACCUCAAUGUAGAAAAUAUACGAUCAGUACUACAGAAAUCCCAGAUGACUUAAAAUAUCUGUAAUCAUUUAUAGCCUGUUAAGUGCAUCAUUCAUUUUAAUACACAUUUUCCCAAUGAACACUGAAGUGACAAGAUCAAAACUCACUAAUGAUAAGCAAAGACUUCAAAGUUCGAGAUUUACAGUAUACAGCCUAGCUCUGGAUAUUAUGGUAAAAGCCUUUAUCAAUGUAAAACAAAAGUUUUGUUUAUGUACAAUAAUAGGUUAUUUAUUUGUAAUUAUAUGUUUGUAAUAAAAAGAUUUCAGACAUUAAUAAAU